UUUUGAUUGGAUAUUUAGAAAAAAGUUCAAAUUCAUUGGCGGUGUAAAAUGUAUGAAAAUUAGAAAUCAUAACACAAAAACAUGUCAUUUCCAAAAGCCAACAUAAAGAGGUUCAACGAAGCCCAUGGAUGCGCCCCACCUCCAGGAGCAUAUGACCCAAAGCAGAAGGAAAAGGCUCAUGGUGGUGUAGUGGACAAGUCAGAGAGGUUUAAAACUCCGAAAGAUGGUGUGUCUGCAGGAGGUAACAUCAGCACAGCAAGUGGUGGCAAAACCCCUGUCAAACAGCUCUUUGCUGCCCCACAGAGUGCUGGCAAAAAGGGGGUGCCUGCAUCUGGAGAGAGUUUGAAGGUUAGGGAGCUAGAGAAAGAGAUUCGACGUUUGUUGAAGGAGCAUGGAGAUAAAGACAGACAGUUGUCUCAGAAAGAGGCUGACUUCAGAAAACAUGAGGGCUUGGCUUUCAAGGAGGUUUCACAUCUCAAAGAUGAAGUUCAUCAGGCCUUGUCACAUAUGUUGGCUGAUCUUCAGAGGCUUGAUGUGUUUGUAGUUACUUUGGAGAACAAUGUCUCUUCAUACAAUGAGCUACACAAACUUGUCAUUGGUAAUCGGGGAAAUGAGAAAACUGCUGUUCCAAAAAGAAAGGAUGAGGGCAUUGCAGUGGAAGAACUGUCACAAAAGCUGAAGGAUGAAAAAUUAACAGUUGACAACAAGCUGAAACUGAUGAGGAAGAAGUCAGAGGGCCUUCAUCAAAGAUUUUCACGUGCAUUGGAAGAUUUUAACAGCUCUACAAAGGCAUUGAAAAACAAGUUUACAUCUGUUAUUGAAGAAAAUAACAAGCUUCAACAACAGAUUUCAGCCGCUCGUACUGAAUUACAGGACGUAAUCAACACUAGAACAUCUCUGGAGGAGCAGAGGGAUAAUUUGUUGGACAGCAAUGGUUGUUUGAAGGAUCAAGUGAAACAGAUGUCAGCUGAACAAGCUAAUACAACAGAAAAAUUAAGGUUGUUAUCAUCAAAUACAGAGGAGUUACAAGCUGGUACCCUCAUUCUUCAGCAGCAACUUGCAGACUUGCAAACUAUACAUGAAACCACAUGUAGAGAAACUGCUGAUAAACUGCGAUCUCUUGAAGAUAGGGAAACAAUAGUUAAUGAAACAACUGCUAAUUUACAUGAAAGAAUUGUUGAACUUCAAGCACAGAAUGAAGAUUUGGCUGCAACUUUAAAGGAAACUGGAGAAUUAUUAAGUAGAACUAAAGAGGAGAAUGAUAAGCUUGAAGAAAUGUUGAGGCAAGCUGAAGCAAACUGGGAAACUGAGAAAAAACAGUUACUGAUUCAAGUGGAGGAAUUAGUGUUUGAAAAGUCACGUGCCGAAACUGAGUUAGGUGAUGUAGAGAUUAAAGUGAAAAAACUUGAAACUGACAUGUUAGAUCAGAAAUCUGAGUCAGAUAAUCAGAUAGAAUCCUUGACUAACCAGCUAGAUGCUGAGAAAGCAGAAUUGGUACAGCUGCAGAAUAAACUGGGCGAUUUAGUAUAUGAGAAAUCUCAGCUGCAUAUGGAGGUAGGACACUUAGAGGCACAGUUGAAACUUGUGACAAGUGAGUCAGAGGAAACAGUUAUGGAAGCAAAUAAAGCAAUGGAAGUUGUUCCAGAAUUGAAAAAAAGAAUUGAAACUCUUGACAUCGAAAAGGCUGAAGUUGAAAAAAGAGCAAGUGAAUUGUCAGAACAAAAUGAAACACUGCAAACUACUUUGGAAAAAUUUCAGGCUGAUUUUGAUGAACAUUGUAAGAAAAUAGAUGUGGAAAGAAAAGGAACACAGGCAAAGAUUGUUGCACUGACUGAAGAGAUUGAAGGUCUUCGUGAACAGAAAGAUCAGAUGGCAAGUGAGUUAGAUGACUGGCUUACAGACAAAUCGGAACUUGAUAUAGAAAUUGCUAAACUGCAGUGCAGAAUUAAAGUUUUAGAAAUGGAGAAUGAUCAGGUGAAACAAGAAUCACAGAAGGAAGUUGAGGACUGUAAAGGAGAGAUAGAGAGAGUGAGGAAAGAGAAACAACAAAUAGAGAAAGACAUGGAACAGUAUGGUAUAGAUCUGCUGAGUAAUGCAGCACAGCUGCAGUCAAUACAGUCCAAGUUAGAUAGUGCAACAGUAGACAGUGAAAAGUUACAGACAGAGAACACAAGUUUAAAAGAGGACCUCAGACAGAAAGAUGUUGUUCUGGCUGAAAAACAAACACAACUUGAAGAGUUACAGCUUACAAAUGAUAGGAAGUGUAAAGAGUGUGAUGAUUUGUUGAAUGAGAAGGAGUUGUUAGAAGAAGAGUUACGGGCACAGAAAGAUAAUAAUGAAGAUUUAGACUGUAGACUGCAGCAAACACGGGCAGACUUUCUUAAGCGAUGUGAUGAGAGAGAUGAACUUGUAAAGAAGAAUGAAGCGAAGGAUAAGAGUUUGGCAGUGUUGUCUGAACAAGUUACACAACUUACACAACAACUAGAAAACGUUAAUCUCUCACUUGAAAAGAAAACAACAGAGUUUGACAAGAUGGCAGAGAAGUAUAGUGAGCAUGAGAAACAGCUGACAUUGUCCUCACAACAGGUGUCUAAUUAUAAGCAACAGAUAGAGGACUAUAAGGAACACUUGCAACUGAAGUGUGAAGAGUGUGAAGAACUACAACAGAAGUGUGAUGACUAUGAUAUUGAACUGUCCAUGUCAGCUACAGAGACUGUUGACCUUCAGGAACGAGUGGACUCUCUUAGAAAGUAUAACACCUAUCUGUAUGAGAAGUUGAUCUGUGUAACCUUCACUGGGUACCAGAUUGCAGAGCAACAACCUACAUCAUAUAGAGAGGCUGAAGCAGCUGACAGUGUAAGGUCCGAACUUGUGAAGAAAUAUGAAGAGGAAAUACAUGAACUGAAAACUCGGCUGGAAGGUGCAAGUAACGAUGACGAGCUGCAAGCUGAACUGGAGAAGUAUAAGACAUUGUACGAGGACCUCCAGGCCAAGGUUGAGCCAUUUAUUGAACAGAUUGAUGCAUUUGAAACAGAAAAACAACUUCUCCUUGGGAUGAAUAAGGAUACACAAUUAGAAAUGGAGCGAUUAGGGCGUAACUAUGCCCAGCUACUUGGACAUCAAAAUCAGAAACAAAAAAUCAAACAUGUAAUGAAAAUUAAAGACGAAAACAGUUCAUUGAAGAGGGAGAAUCAGAUGUUGAAAGAGCAGACAGCCAAGCAGAAACGUCACAUACAGAAGUUAGAGGAAAAGUCUGCACCAAAGAGAUUUGAUGCUUCCAGGGCAUUUCAGCACACCAAGGAGAAUCUUAAUACAACAAGCACAAAAUCACCACUUAAAGAAGUGAACAGAAAGUAAGUCAUCACACUGGAAAGUUUUAUUUCACUGAAAUAAAGAGCUUACUCUGCUGACAUGCUGAAACUGAAGUUUUACACUGGAAAGUUCUACUUCACUGAAAUAAAGAGCUUACUCUGCUGAUAUGCUGAAACUGAAGUUUUACACUGGAAAGUUCUGUUUCACUGAAAUAAAGAGCUUACUGUGCUCACAUGCUGAGACUGUAGUUUUACGCUGGAAUGAUUUAUUUCACUGAAAGGGAGAGCUUACUCUGCUAGACAUGCUGAAACUGAAGUUUUACACUGGAAAGUUUUAUUUCACUGAAAUAAAGAGCUUACUGUGCUCGAUAUGCUGAAACUGAAGUUUUACAAGUUGAACUGUUACAAGCUGAAACUUUAACCUACAGUUAAGUUACCUGUGUCUCCUAACUGACGAUAUGAACAGAAUGUUCAGAGAAUGACAAAACAUAGUACUUACAAACAUUUAAUAUGUGUAGAAUAGAUACAUAUCAGUGUGUGUGUUAAAUGCGUAUAGGAAAUCCUCUUACUGUUUAUGAUUAUAUGUAUGGAUGUGUUAUGCCUGUAAAUUAUAUGUAUGUGUGAAGUCACCUUAAUCGUGUGUAGUAAAAUAUAUUUGAUUGCUGUGUACCUCAAAUAUGCUGUAUGUACUUUACUGAUUUUAUAUGUAUAUUGCCAGUUGUAUGUAAAUACACAUUCUACUGACUUGUUUAUGUAACAUUUUUUCCUCUCAUCUUAAUGUUUCUUUUAUCUUCUUUGAAAUGCAGAUUUCAUAGCUGUCCUAUCCCUGACACCUGUGGAUUAUAUCAUUUAUGUUUUAAGUUAGCAUUUUAGCAUUUCUUGUCUUGUCUAUAUUGCUGUACUGAAGUAUUGCUCUCUACAAGAGUGCUUGUAGAUGCAGCUGUUUUAAGUUUUCUUGUGAGCGCAAGACUUUUUUUACUUUGUAUGCUGUUAACUCGUUCAUUUUUUAUGAAUAUUUACCAAGCAUACCUUAUCUAAAUCUAAACUGUCACUCCAGUGUUGGUGAACAGUUUAUGUUCACUGAUUGCCUUUGUCUGACUUUGAUUUUUAGCUUGACUAUUCGAAGAAUAGGGGAGCUAUCCUACUCGUCCCGGCGUUAGCGUUAGCGUGGGCAUCACACAAAUGUUAAAGUUUGCGUACCACCCCAAAUAUUUUCAAAGUCCAGUGAGAUAUUGCAUUCAUAUUUUGCAUACAUUUGUACUUGUUUACCAUCAUGACCCCAGUCUGUAAAAAAGAGGAGGCAACUCUAUCAAGCAUUUUGACUGAAUUAUGGCCCCUUUUUGACUUAGAAUAAAUGUUAAAGUUUGCGUAGCACCCCAAAUAUUUUCAAAGUCCAUUGAGGUAUUGCAUUCAUUUUUUGCAUACUUGCUUACCAUCAUGACCCCAGUCUGUAAAAAGGAGGAGGCAACUCUAUCAAGCAUUUUGACUGAAUUAUGGCCCCUUUUUGACUUAGAAUAUGCUUAUUGUAAUGUUAAAGUUUUACUCAUUGCUUAUAUUAUACUAUCAAACACUGAGAAUAGUCGAGCGCGCUGUCCACUGACAGCUCUUGUUUUUAAGCUUUGAAUUGGGUGGCUAAUAUUUUGGUAAAAUUGUGAUUUUGUUUAGAUGUUCUGUUUUGAUGUUUAGAUAUUGACAGGCUAUAUAAUAAAAAAAAAAGAAAUAAUUGUCUUUGGCUAAAAAGUGCAUUGAUUCAGAUUUUUCCCUUUUCAAUGUUUUAACUAGAAUUUCAAGUUUUUCAAAACUGAAACAAACGUUAGCAGUAAUUUGAUAAAAAGUUGUUUUUCAUGGUGAUAGAGUAGCCUAUACCUGCAGUUUCAAUGUUAAAACAAUGUUAAAUAUAGUUCUGAAACUGAAAUAUUUUUGGUUUGAGGUUUGAAAAAGACAUAUUUCUUUUAAACUAUCUAAAAUCAUUUAAUACGAGAAAUGACAACUUUAUUGGCAUCCCACUCCUUCCAGCUCCUGAUACGAAUAGUAUUUUUGUAAAGACUUUGAUAUUUCUUCUUACAUUUUCAUUAAGUUUAUUAUAAUAGAUAUUCACUUUAAAGUGCUUCUGCUUUUGCUAGGAAUGGGUAGA